AUGUCGAGUAACGGACGCGUUCUUCUUGCCUAUUCUGGUGGUCUUGACACCUCUACGAUUCUCGCGUGGCUCAUUGAUGAGGGAUAUGAUGUGAUUGCAUACAUGGCCAAUGUCGGUCAGGAGGAAGACUUUGAUGCCGUGCGUGAAAAGGCGCUCAAGUGUGGUGCCAAGGACUUUAUCCUUGACGACGUGCGCCGCGAGUUUGUGGAAGAGCUCAUUUUCCCUGCCAUACAGGCUAACGCUAUCUACGAGGAUGUGUACCUCCUCGGAACGUCGCUCGCGCGCCCUGUGAUUGCUCGUGGCAUGAUCGAGACGGCUGAGAAGAUGCAGUGCCAGUUUGUUUCGCACGGAUGUACUGGCAAGGGCAACGACCAGGUCCGUUUUGAACUUGCUUUCUACGGUUUGAACCCGGACAUCAAGGUCAUUGCGCCCUGGCGCAUCCCGAAGUUCUACCAGCGCUUUGCUGGUCGAAGCGACCUGCUCGAGUACGCUGCCUCGAAGGGCAUUCCUGUCACGCAGACCAAGUCCAAGCCAUGGUCGACGGAUGAAAACCUGUUCCACAUCUCGUACGAGGCUGGAAUUCUCGAAGACCCCAACACGACGCCGCCGGCUGACAUGUGGAAGCUGACGCAGGCGCCUGAGCAGGCGCCGAAUGAUCCCGAACACAUCUCGAUCGAGUUUACCAAGGGUAUUCCGACGCGUCUCAUUGUUCCUGCCACCGGCAAGGAGUACACGGAUGCAUGCGAUGUGUUCCUGGAGCUGAAUGCGCUGGCCCGCAAGCAUGGUAUUGGCCGUGUGGACAUUGUGGAGAACCGCUUCAUUGGAGUCAAGUCGCGCGGCUGCUACGAGUCGCCAGGCGCCACGAUCCUGCGUGCGGCGCACAUUGACCUCGAGGGCCUCACGCUCGACCGUGAGGUGCGUCGUAUCCGCGACCAGAUUGUGACUACGAAGCUCUCAGAGAUCUUGUACUACGGCUUCUUCUUCAGCCCGGAGAGCCAGUACGUGCGCAGCUGCAUCCCGCCAAGUCAGCUCACUGUGAACGGCACGGUCAAGCUCAAGCUGUACAAGGGCCAUGUGUCGAUCGAAGGCCGCAGCUCGGACGAGCUCCUGUACGACGAAAAGUUCUCGUCGAUGGAUGAGCUCGGUGGCUUUGAGCCUGAAGAGACGUCAGGCUUUAUUUCUGUCCAGUCCAUCCGCCUUAAGCGCUUCGGCUUGGGCCUCGCACACCGUGGUAUGGCGGGAGCGGAUCCGAAGAAAGCCUAUGCGCUGCCCCAGUAA